AAAAAAAUGUUUUUCUUUAUUCCUUGCUAUUGAUGCAUUCCUGGCAGCACCCUCUGCUUAAAGUCCAGCAUCAUAAAAUGCCUGAAUGUGCGUCCACACAGGGAGUGGCAAGAGCGUCAAAGCCACCGGAAAUCACCUAAUAUGUGUCAGCGCAGUUAAACGUUUGUGGACAGGCACCCCUCAGUGACCAUCCAGUGGGUGGGCAAGAUUCAAAAGCGGUGUGGUGGCCAUGGCAGGCCAGCCUACAUCGCGACGGCAAGCACUUCUGUAGUGGGUCCCUCGUCACCACGGACUGGGUGAUGACGGCUGCACACUGCUUCCGCAGCACGAGCACCGCUGGCCUGGUCGUCUACCUGGGUCGGCAGUAUCAGCAGAGCAGAUCUCGCCGCAACAUGGUUUGCAGGAGAGUCCUGCGUAUAAUCAAACAUCCCAGUUACAUGUCCUCGAUCCGUGAAAAUGACAUCGCCCUCCUCCGUCUGUCCUCCUCCGUCACCUUCACCGACUACAUCCGCCCCGUCUGCCUGGCAGCAGCUGGCAGCACCUUCGACUCUGGCACCAACACAUGGAUCACCGGAUGGGGAACCACCAAAUCAGGCGUCCCUCUGCCCUAUCCAGGGACGCUGCAGCAGGUGCAAAUUCCAGUGGUGGGAUUGACAGACUGCCGUAAGGCUUACGACCCUCAAAAUGUCCUCAUCACUAACAACAUGAUGUGUGCUGGAUUACUAGGACAGGGAGGCAAGGACUCCUGCCAGGGAGACUCCGGCGGUCCGAUGGUGGUUAAGCAGGACUCUGUGUGGGUCCAGGCAGGGAUUGUGAGUUUCGGCAUCGGCUGUGGCGAGGCAGAAUUCCCGGGAGUGUACGCCCGCGUCUCCCAAUAUGAAAGCUGGAUCAACUCCGCAAUCACCACAGAGCGUCCAGGCUACGUCACCGGUGGAGCCGGCAGUGCUGGAGGGGCCCCCAGCCUCCUCACAGGGCUCCUCACCCUCUCGCUCUACCUCCUCAUCUCUGCCUGACUCUUCUACUGACCCCCCCUACAUCGCUAGCAUCACAGCCCCACUAGCACUAGCAUGUGGGUAAGCUAGUGGGGAAGCUGUGAUGCUAGCGAUGUGCGGGGUCAGUAGAAGCUGUGAUGCUAGCGAUGUGCGGGGUCAGUAGAAGCUGUGAUGCUAGCGAUGUGCGGGGUCAGUAGAAGCUGUGAUGUACUAAUUACAGCUUCACUGCUAGCAUGACAGCUUCAUGGCUAUCGCUCCUCUAGCUCUCUCACUGCUGCAGUUAGCACAGUUACAGAAUAUCCCUGCUGUCUGUCUAACUGCUGACAAAGGGGUCAUAGGUUACGAUGGACUCGUAUCUGGGAGUCACCUGCCACUACACAGAUGGCAACACAAAUCUGAGUUCAGUUCUCCUGGGAGUGGCAACAUUUCCAAAAGCCCACGCCGCUGCCAACAUCAACAAGGCUUUGUUCCACCUCAUUACUAACUGGGGCCUCACUGGAUUGGUACAAGGAUACAAGGAGGUUUAUUUGUUGCAUGCAUAUCAUUACUAAAGUAAAGAUUGAGUGAAAUUG